AUGGAUAAGUUGCGUAUGAUGUUCCAGUUCCUCCAGUCCAACCAGGAAUCGUUUAUGAAUGGGAUCUGUGGUAUCAUGGCUCUGGCCAGCGCUCAGAUGUACUCCUCCUUUGAGUUCAACUGCCCCUGCAUGCCUGAAUACAACUACAGUUAUGGGAUAGGAAUGCUCAUUAUUCCACCUAUAUGGUUCUUCAUGUUGGGGUUUGUGUUGAACAAUAAUGUGUCCGUGCUGGCAGAGGAGUGGAAGAGACCCACAGGGCAACGGGGGAAGGAUCCAACAAUCCUACGCUACAUGUUUUGUUCAAUCACACAGAGAUCCCUGAUAGCCCCUGCAGUGUGGGUGUCUGUCACUCUCAUGGACGGGAAGAGCUUCCUCUGUGCUUUCAGCAUCAACCUGGAUCUCAACAGGUUUGGGAAUUACAGUCUUUUGAGGGGGAUGUCAGAGGCGGAGAAGCUGCGGAUGCUGGCGAGGAUUCCAUGCAAAGACCUGUUUGAGAAUCAGGAAAUAAGAGCAGCAGCGUUGAGAUACAUUAAGUGUAUAUCACAGGUAGGAUCCUCCUUCUCUUUUCUGUGAAUGAUUCAUGCUGAGGGGUCAUUAAGGUUUAGAAAGGGAAACAGCCGGACUCAGAUGACCUUUUUAAAGCACAAACAGCCAAAUAGCUCAGAUCAGAAAUACUUAACAGUGUGGACCAAAAAGUUUUUCAGCUUCAUCACAAGAUCUGAUGACUCAGGGAAUCUAUUUUUUUUCUUGUUUUAUUCCAGAAAUGGUACUUCACUUAAAUCUCCCUACCAGACUCUGGCUUUGCACUUUGAGCUCUUGAAGCUUUCCUCUGUGCUUAAUAAGGGCAAAGAUAAACCUUCUAACUUUGUAACUCAUGGAACUGGGAUAUAUUUCAAUCCAGUCGAGUACACCCACACUUUUAUUUAGGUCUUUGAUCAGACGAAGGGCAAUUAUUCAGGCUUAAAAGUGACAUGGCUCCAAAAGUCUGUUCAUAAACACACUCCAUCAAUGAGCAGAGAACCUGUCAGGAAAGUCUCAGAAAUGCUCUAUGCACCACAUUUUAGAGUAUUAGAGUUUUAUGAUCCUCAGUAUUAGCUAUGAUUUGUUUUCUAUUUGUGUUUUUUUUAUUUAUUACAGUUGAAGUUAUCAAGUGUUCCAGUUGGUUAAAAUCCUGAUACACCAUUAUGUCUAAUAUUUUUAUUUUGAAGGUAUGUGGAUGGAUGUUUCUUCUCAUGUUGACCCUGACAGCUUUCAUGAUCCGGGCUAUGCGACCAUGCUUCACUCAAGCUGCCUUCCUCAAGACAAAGUACUGGUCUCAUUACAUUGACAUUGAGCGCAAGAUGUUUGAUGAGACAUGUAAAGAGCACGCCAAGAGUUUCGCCAAGGUUUGCAUUCAGCAGUACUUUGAGGGCAUCAGCGGCGAGAUGCGCAGUUUCCACAAACGCCACUCCAGUACUAGAGAGGAUGAUGAUGAUGAGGAGGAUAAAACGAAAAGUGAUGAAGAAAAGCUCCUAGGUAUCAGGGCUCAAGAUGAUAUGAACAAAGUUUUAUGGAACUGGCACACCUGUAAGCCAGCACUGACCCUCAGGAAGGACCAAAUAGAUGGAGAAAACAAUGGUCGACUGAAUGGAGGAGUCAAUGGAGCAGCAAAUGGAUUUGUGAAGGGACACACCCAUGAGGUGGAGAAAAAGGAAUGGGCGGUGUAUUACAGUAAGGUCUGA